AUGGAAGGAGGCGGCAAGCCCAACUCGUCGUCCAACAGCCGGGACGAUGGCAACAGCGUCUUCCCCACCAAGGCGCCCGCGACGGGCGCGGGGCCUGCCGCGGCCGAGAAGCGCCUGGGCACCCCGCCGGGGGGCAGCGGGGCCGGCGGGAAGGAGCAGGGCAAUUCCGUGUGCUUCAAGGUGGACGGCGGCGGCGGCGGCGGCGAGGAGCCGGCCGGGGGCUUCGAGGACGCCGAGGGGCCCCGGCGGCAGUACGGCUUCAUGCAGCGGCAGUUCACCUCCAUGCUGCAGCCCGGGGUCAACAAAUUCUCCCUCCGCAUGUUUGGGAGCCAGAAGGCGGUGGAGAAGGAGCAGGAAAGGGUUAAAACUGCAGGCUUCUGGAUAAUCCACCCCUACAGCGAUUUCAGGUUUUAUUGGGAUUUAAUAAUGCUUAUAAUGAUGGUUGGAAAUCUGGUCAUCAUACCAGUUGGAAUCACAUUCUUUACAGAACAGACAACAACACCAUGGAUUAUUUUCAAUGUGGCUUCAGAUACAGUUUUCCUUUUGGACUUGAUCAUGAAUUUCAGGACUGGGACUGUCAAUGAAGAUAGUUCUGAAAUCAUCCUGGACCCUAAAGUGAUCAAGAUGAAUUAUUUAAAAAGCUGGUUUGUGGUUGACUUCAUCUCAUCAAUCCCAGUGGAUUAUAUCUUUCUCAUUGUAGAAAAAGGAAUGGAUUCAGAAGUUUACAAGACAGCCAGGGCACUUCGCAUUGUGAGGUUUACAAAAAUUCUCAGUCUCUUGCGUUUAUUACGACUUUCAAGGUUAAUUAGAUACAUACAUCAGUGGGAAGAGAUUUUCCACAUGACAUAUGAUCUCGCCAGCGCUGUGGUGAGAAUUUUUAACCUCAUCGGCAUGAUGCUGCUCCUGUGCCACUGGGAUGGCUGUCUUCAGUUCUUGGUACCACUGCUGCAGGACUUUCCACCAGAUUGCUGGGUGUCUCUAAAUGAGAUGGUUAAUGACUCUUGGGGAAAGCAGUAUUCAUACGCACUCUUCAAAGCGAUGAGUCACAUGCUGUGCAUCGGGUACGGAGCCCAGGCCCCGGUGAGCAUGUCUGACCUCUGGAUCACCAUGCUGAGCAUGAUCGUGGGAGCUACCUGCUACGCCAUGUUUGUUGGCCACGCCACAGCUCUAAUCCAGUCUUUGGAUUCUUCAAGGCGGCAAUAUCAAGAGAAGUAUAAGCAAGUGGAACAAUACAUGUCAUUCCAUAAGUUACCAGCUGAUAUGCGUCAGAAGAUACAUGAUUACUAUGAACACAGAUACCAAGGCAAAAUCUUUGAUGAGGAAAAUAUUCUCAAUGAACUCAAUGAUCCUCUGAGAGAGGAGAUAGUCAACUUCAACUGCCGAAAACUAGUGGCUACAAUGCCUCUUUUUGCUAAUGCGGAUCCUAAUUUUGUGACUGCCAUGCUGAGCAAGUUGAGAUUUGAGGUGUUUCAACCUGGAGAUUAUAUCAUACGAGAAGGAGCUGUGGGUAAAAAAAUGUAUUUCAUUCAGCAUGGUGUUGCUGGUGUCAUCACAAAAUCCAGUAAAGAAAUGAAGCUGACAGAUGGCUCUUACUUUGGAGAGAUUUGCCUGUUGACCAAGGGACGACGCACUGCCAGUGUUCGAGCUGAUACAUAUUGUCGUCUUUAUUCGCUUUCUGUGGACAAUUUCAAUGAGGUCCUGGAGGAAUAUCCAAUGAUGAGAAGAGCCUUUGAGACAGUAGCCAUUGACCGACUAGAUCGGAUAGGAAAGAAAAAUUCAAUUCUUCUGCAAAAGUUCCAGAAGGAUCUGAACACUGGAGUUUUCAACAAUCAGGAGAACGAGAUCCUGAAGCAGAUUGUGAAACACGACAGGGAGAUGGUGCAGGCCAUCGGUCCCAUCAGUUACCCUCAAAUGACAGCCCUGAAUUCCACGUCUUCAGCUACCACCCCGACCUCUCGCGGGAGGACGCAAUCUCCGCCGGUGUACACAGCCACCAGUCUGUCUCAUGGCAACCUGCACUCCCCCAGCCCCAGCACACAGACCCCCCAGCCGUCGGCCAUCCUCUCGCCCUGCUCCUACGCCACUGCGGUCUGCAGCCCUCCCGUUCAGAGCCCGCUAGCCACUCGAACUUUCCACUACGCCUCCCCCACUGCUUCCCAGCUGUCGCUCACUCAGCAGCAGGCACAGCAGCCACUGCAGACCAAGCAGCAGCCCCAGACUCCACAGACACCCAGCAGCUCCGCACCGAAAAACGAAGUGCACAAGAGCACGCAGGCGCUUCACAACACCAGCCUGACCCGAGAAGUCAGGCCCCUCUCGGCCUCGCAGCCCUCGCUGCCCCAUGAGGUUUCCACCCUGAUUUCCAGACCACAUCCCACUGUGGGCGAGUCCCUGGCGUCCAUCCCUCCACCCGUGACCACGGUGCACGGCUCGGGCCUGCAGGCAGGGAUCAGGGGCACGGUCCCCCAGCGGGUCACCCUGUUCCGACAGAUGUCAUCGGGAGCCAUCCCCCCCAGCCGGGGAGUCCCACCGGCACCCCCUCCACCAGCAGCUGCUCACCAGAGGGAGUCUUCCUCAGUCUUACAUACAGACCCAGAGACAGAAAAGCCAAGAUUUGCUUCAAAUUUAUGAUGCCUGCUGAUUGUCAAAGCAGAAAGAAAAACUCUAAUAAACUGAGAAUAUUCUCAGAUCUUAUUUUAUUCUAUCUCCUGAUAGAUCCCUA